AAUUUACAAAUUAAAUACCAAACCUAUGGUGAACACUGUCGAUUAUUGAAACAAAUUAAUAAAAGCAUUGUUGAUGCAUGUAAAAAUGAUUGUUUAUUAGCUCAUUUAGUGCCAUUAUUGUCUGCUUGUCCGAAUCCAGAUGUAAAAUAUAAUCAAAUGAUUCGUGAUCAUAUCGAUUGUCGUAAUUCCUGUCGAUCAAUACCGAUUACAAUUCGAUCAUAUGAUAAUCGUAUUUAUAAUGUUUUCAUUGACAAAAAGUCAAUGACCAACAACACUGUAUCGAAAGAUUUAUUACGCAUUUCGAUAGAACGUGAUAUGUCGAUUCAAUGUCAGAUGCAGGCCCGUCAAGAACGUCGUUAUGUAAAAAAAUUUUUUCUAAAAAUCAAUUGGAAACGAUUAUGGCAACGAUACGAUCUGAUCAUAGUUGGUCAACAACAGCACCAGAAUCGAAUCAAUUUGAGAGAUAAUAAUUCAAAUGAACAAUUAGAAUUGUAUGAUAAUUGUUGUAUGGAGUUCAUUUCCAAAUGUUAAUGUUAAUAAUGUUUGUGUUUUUGUAAUAAAAUUUGAAUUUGAAUUUGAA